CACUGGUACAGGGUGAAAAGAAAAUACAUUGUUCUAGAAAGAGAAAUCAACAUAUUGUGUAUAAAUAAAUGCAAGAAUCGUGCGCUUGUAUUUGUUGUGUUCACUUUGCAAUUUACAUCGCAUACAAACGUACGCACCGCAAAUAAAGCGAGGAAAGCGCAGACAAAAAUCGUGUGCAAAGUUCAACAAUCGCAAUCGGUUACCGGAGCCACAAGAAGCAACUUGCAAAGAUGGAAUCCCAACAAAAUACAGUCGAAGCUGAUGCAACAGCCGAUUCGUCAUUUCUGGCGGCCGCAUUUCGUGAAAUCUUUUACAGUCCCAUGAAUCUGGCUCUGCUCUCAAUCAUUUGCUUUUUGGUAUAUAAAAUAGUGCGUGACCGUUGCGAGGGACCGGGCACACGGGAUUUGGCACAGCAACCGGCUGAGCCGGAGUUGCCCAAAUUGCGUCGUGACUUUACUGUUAAGGAGCUGCGAGCCUAUGAUGGCAACCAGCCAGAUGGCCGUGUCUUGGUUGCUGUCAAUGGCAAUGUUUAUGACGUCACCAAGGGCAAACGUUUCUAUGGCCCAGGCGGACCAUAUGCCACAUUUGCCGGACGCGAUGCAUCGCGCAAUCUGGCCACAUUCAGUGUGGUGGCCAACGAUAAGGAUGAUUACGAUGAUCUGAGCGAUCUGGGCACCAUGGAAAUGGACUCAGUGCGCGAUUGGGAAAUGCAAUUCAAGGAGAAAUACGAAUUUGUUGGCAAAUUGCUGCGUAAUGGUGAGCAGCCGACCAACUAUGAUAACGAUAGCAACGAUGAUGAUGACAAUAUUGACGCUGGCACCAAGAAAGACGAAUAGAUGGGAAGGCAUAAAAAACUUUUGGCGUGGAAAACUUUUGUUUUGUAACGAUGAUUAGCACAAAAGCGACAGGUGGCGAUCGGAUUGGCAAUCUAGUUACAUUUUGAGCACACACCCACACCAACACCUACCGCACACACACACACACACACACGCACUCACACCCUGGCUUAGGCAAGCUGUAAAAACAUUUAGAUUGUAUGGGAAAACUAUAUUAUAAGAUUUAUAUGUAUGUUUUAAAAAAAGAUAACCAAAAUAACUUGGUAUAUCAAAAUCAAAACAGUGCACCAAAUUCUAUGCUUAACUAUCAGUAAAGAGAAAUCAUAAUACCCUGGCAUGAUCAUAAAUGGUCUGCGAAAACACAUUAAAUAAAGCCAGAAAUACAUUAAAUGGCGAAAGCUGAUUAAAUAUAUAAAUAUAUAUGUACUUGUGAAAA